AAAUUAAUUCUUACAAUCGGUGACGGUAUGGAACAACUGCUAUUCUGCGGAGAACUGAGUGAUGUCCAGUUCGCAGUAGGACGCGACUACGGUACCGUCAAAAUCUUUCCAGCUCUUAGAGCCAUCUUGAGUAUCCGCAGCGCUGUGUUCCGUACAAUGUUCUAUGGAAGUGUGCCAGAGAACUGCUCGACUCCCAUCGACAUUUCCGACAUUCAUCCGGAGGCCUUCGCUAAUAUGAUCAGUUACGUGUAUACCGAUGAUGUGAAGGAGCUGACACUGGACAACGUCUUCCACACACUGGGCUGUGCGGACAAAUACGACUUGUCACAUUUGGUAUUCAAGUGCACCGACUUCGUCCUUCGUGCGCUCAACAGCAACAACUGCCUGGAUAUGCUGAAUGGUGCGGUUCAGUACGGGAUCAGAGCGCCAGAGAUCUUGGAGAAGUGUCUGUGCCUAAUUGAUCAAUCCGCAGAAACUGUGUUGAAAUCGGAGAAUUUCUGUGAAAUUGGACCCGAGGCGCUGCGCCUUAUUCUCCAACGGGAUACGCUGACAGCCAAUGAAGACACCAUUUGUUCGUCGGUUGACAAGUGGGCUGCAAGCGAAUGCUCGCGACGGAACAUGGACGAUUCUUCUGGCAAUCGGCGCGAAGUGUUAGGGCAGACGCUGUUUCUCAUCCGAUUUCCGCUUUUGACCGAUGUUCAGUUGCUGGAUGGACCCGCGCAGAGCGGUUUGUUGCUGCAAUCGGAAGGAUGGGACAUCUACCGUUACAAGAACGCUACAAUCAAGCCGCAGUUGCCGUUCCAUACGGAACCCCGACAAAAUGUGUCCGCUGAAGGUAUCAUUGAUUAUACGAUUCCGGAUGUCAGGGAGCUGGAGAAGAGGGGUAUGGUCAGCGAUCCCAUAACCGUCAGAAAGAUGCUCUGGAGUAUCGAGGUUGAACGGGAUCCUGAGUAUGACGUUCCUAAAAUGGUGUUUUACCUGCGGUGUUCGGGCUGUCCGAAGAUGACUUAUUGGACGUGCCGGGCUCGGGGAGAAAUGCGUCUGCUGCCAUGGAAAACGGGAAUUGCACCGAUUAAGAAAUAUGUAGGCGAAUUGUUCCGCAAGGACAGCUCUUGCUGGGGACACGCCUUUUUGACCAUGGAGGAUUUACUGGAUCCGGCUAAAGGCUAUAUUAAUCCCGCUGACUUCUCCUUGAAACUACAGAUCCAGAUGACUGCUGACUUUCCUACCGUGAUCGAGUGAAUGCGCCUGCAUUGCACGUUUGGAUGUGUUAGGCCAAUAGCGCCCGAAAAUCACGAUAAAAUUGAGUUUUAAAGUACUUACCUUUCAUGUGUCCGGAGGUCGGAGUGGUCGGGACAUGUAAAUCAUUGUGUGUCAGUAUUUGACGAAUUUUGCACCAGUUCUUUCCGUUAGAUUUUCGGGGACCUUAUUAACCUAAUUAGGGGUGCAGGGCACUGCAUGCUUUUAGUUGUAGAUUACUGUUUUCCAAAAAACGUUGCUAUGUUUUUAUAUCUAUACAGUGACAUUUUGAAUCGCAUGGCUAACGUUCCAGGUCCUUUGAUAUUACUGUCGAAAGUGCAGUU